AUGCAGGUCACGAAUUCGUCAUCAAGUUGUCAAGAGCAGGGCUGUAGCUCUAUUCCAUUUGGUAGCCACACAUAUUACGUCCACACACAAUGCACCGACAUGGACACCCACACGUUCAUAGCUGGUGCAUUCACAAGCACAAAACAUAUCAUUGUGGACCAAUACCGUCACUCAAACUGCAGCAGCGAGUCGUACAUCGAGACAAACGCUGUACAGGACUUGAGUGACUGUUUACCAUACGCAAUUGACCCGACUUCCAAUGCACCAGUCGCUGCAACAAUCGCCUCAAUACUCGCUGACGGUGGCGUAACAAUGGUCUUCUUCGCUGCACUCAACUGCAGUCAACAACCACAAGCUGCAGCGAUUCUGAGCCGAGCGCAAGUCACCGAGCAUUCGUGUUACCAAGCCAGCAGAUUCUUCAUCGGCGGUGACAUUGAUCAGUCCACAAUCACCACCAGCAGCUCCAGUAGCAAAGAUACCCCCACUUCAAGUUUACUCGACGACAGCGCUAUAUUCGGGUCAUCUUCAAAAACGUCUGUCGACUCGCACUCAGCGACGAGUGAUGACGACCAAUCAUCUCAAGGAGCACCUUUUGUCACUGCUCUUGCAAUAGCUCUAGUACUGACCCUUGCGUUCGUGGGUCUAAUUGCAAGAAACUGGCACUCAACAAAUCGGAAGCUGCAGUUCACACGACCUCCUGAACCAGAUGAUAGCGUCGCCAUGCUGGAAACCAGUGACACUCUUUUCAUGUCGAAACCAAUCAAUGGUCGGACGUUUUUCCUUCAAAGUAGUAGCAGCACGUGCUCGACACUUCGCGGACAGAUCCCUCCUGCCACCUGUUCGUUCAUCGGUCCUGCUCUUUCGAGCUUGACUGCCAACUACCAACGGCUGCGUCGCACUUUUAUUGUACCGGCAGCCUCGACGAUCCGAAGAACAAUCCGGAUGAAUCGACCAUGGGAAGACGAUUUCGUCAUCGCAGCACGUAUCCCUCGUGGCAAAGUGACCGUGGACCAACUCCUGAGUCGAGGGGGCUUUGGGGUUGUCUACUCGGGCCUUUACAACGGUCGGCGGGUGGCUGUCAAGAUGCUGUUGCCCGAAACUCGUCGCAAUAUUUCACAUGUCAUCAACUUAUUGGCAGAAGUCAAGAUGAUGGCAUCGAUGGAGCAUCCCCAUAUUGUCGAAUUCAUUGGUGUCGCUUGGGACUCGUUGACCAAUAUGUGUGUCGUAUCGGAGUUCAUGGCUGGAGGUGACUUGCAAGCUUUGCUGAGUGACUAUGACGAACAGAAACAUCCAAUGGGCUUUAGCAGGGACAAGCUCCGAAUUGCUCUGCACAUCGCUCACGCACUCGUGUACCUGCACUCGCUCGACCCUCCAAUAAUUCAUCGUGAUCUGAAAUCCAAGAACGUGCUGCUGAACGAAAAGCUGGAGGCCAAACUGACGGAUUUUGGGACUUCUCGAGAGCGGGUCAAUGAGUCGAUGACUGGAGGUGUUGGGACGUGCUUGUGGAUGGCCCCUGAAGUCAUGAUUGGUGACAGGUAUGACGAUAAAGCAGAUAUGUUUUCCUUCGGUGUCGUCCUGUCCGAGCUGGACACGCACGCAUUUCCAUACUGGCAGGCACGAGACCCGACUGAUUCAAGUCGACCGAUGCCCGAGCCAGCCAUAUUGCAAAUGGUAGCAACCGGGAAACUCCGCGUUAAAUUUUCGAAACAAGCAUGUAAAGCCGUCGUCGAGCUGGGCACAGCUUGCGUCUCUUUAGACCCCAAAGCACGACCGACAGCAUCGGAGGCGCUGUACGUAUUGCACACGGUAAUAGCACAAGACGCUGAUAGCGAUGGUGGUGCUAAAAUAGCAAGCAAGUGA